CUCUCGCUGACUGACUGGAUGAAGAGCAGUGUAGUCCCGAGACACACGGACCUGAACACCUCAGCUUCGUCCAGAACCGACCUGGGCUCUUCUCCCAUGAUGCCUCGGGUGUCUCUCUCCGUUCCCUCGCUGUUCCUCGCCGCCCUGCCCUCCCUCCCCCCCACCGUCCGAGACGCAGACGUCCCCCCUCUGUUCCGGGAGCCCUUCAUCCUGUCCGGGUACCGCCCGCCGGGGUUGCCGUGGCGAUGCUACGUCCUCAGUCUCUUCCAGAUCCACAACGAGACGCUCAGCGUGUGGAGCCACCUGCUGGCCGCCAUCUGCGUGGCGCUCAGGUUCACCGUGUUCACCGUCCUGCACGGAGGGGGGAUUCUGGGUUUUCGGCUGCAGGGUCCUGAAGGCCAGGGGUUUUCUGUGGACGCGUCCUCGCUGCCGCUGGUCCUCUACGCUUUCUCUGCCGUCACGUACCUGAGCUGCAGUGCCACGGCUCACCUGCUGCAGUCCCACUCGGAGACGGCUCACUACUCGCUGUUCUUCCUGGACUACGUGGGCGUGGCCGUCUACCAGUACGGCAGCGCUCUGGCUCUGUGCCUGUACAGCUCCGACACCGCCUGGACGCAAAGCAUGCUGGGACAGGUCUUCCUCCCGGCUGCCGCCCUGCUGGCCUGGCUCUGCUGCACCGCCUGCUGUUACGCGAAGGUCCGAUUCCGGCGGCCGUACCCGCUCCGCAGGAAGCUGUGCCAGGUGCUGCCGAUGGGCGCGGCCUACCUGCUGGACAUCAGCCCCGUGGCUCACCGUCUCGCCACGCACAGCUGGAGCAGCAGCCCUGCACUGCCGCUGCACUGCCUGCAGGUGGUGCUGUUCCUGCUGUCGGCCUUCUUCUUCUCUUCCCGUUCAGUCGCUGUUCCCAGCGACUCACACAUCUCCCACACCCACCACUCUUCCACUUCCUGUUGUGUGGCUGGUGGCAACAGGAGCGCUAUCUUGGCUUCCUAUGGCGCGACCGCUCUGCUCCAGCGAUGUUUGGAAGGGGGCGCCUCCUACUAG